GUUCGCCUUUCUUUCACCAUUCAUCCACAGCCACCACUAGGCACAACCCACAUCUCUCCCGGCCGGAGUCAUAUUCCAGGCCCUCUCAUAUCCUUCAUCUCUUCGCCCAGAGCGCAUCAUACCAUCCGGUACUAUUUUACGACAUCUUCGCAAAUGAACUGAUCGACAACCUCACUUUUCCGAGAUCUUUCGGAACGCUAUACGACGCGAAACACAUCGAGUUCUUGUCGUUCCACCACGAAGAGGCUGCAGAGGAUUUCCUCGCGACGACAAUAUGAUCCAGCGUGCUUCUGCGCCUCCGCGGGGCUCCAGAAACGCCUCUCCCACCGUACGCGGGGUUAGUCGAGGUGGAAUACAAAAGCGACGUUCGGGUCCCGUUCGAGUUGACAAAGAUGGGGAUUUAGACAUGGAUAAUGGAGCUGGAGGGCGAGGAAAAUCUGGGAAGGGCCGACUUGAAUCUCCAUCAUCUCGGUCUCAGUCAACCGGACGUGGAAAAGGAGCGUCUGCGAGGGGGGGAAAUCUUACCACACAGAAGGCUCAGCAAGCCAUUCUUCGAGGCUUGGGAGCAAAGCAGGCCAAUGUGCUCGAUUCGCGCAUUACUCAAGGUGGCACAACCCUCCAGGUAGACGGUUUAAAGGAUAGCAAAGCGGCAUCAAACUCCGACGGCGGUCUUGAAAGCUUACUCGGGUUCCUGGAACGAAAAGCCGCUGGACUGGACUCCCGAUCGAAUAGGGCUGUGAAGAUCAAGAAGGUAUGUCUUUUGAUAUGAUCGUGGGUUCACGAGGGUCAUGCAUCGUUGCGACGUCUCUUUCUACUCGUUCUCAAGCCAAGCACCUCAACGAGUCAAGGAUCGACAUCUCCGCGUAUACCGCUCCGUGAUCUACGAUCGAUUCCAAGGUAAUUAUGCCUUGCUAACAUCGAAUAGUCACAUAUGAAGGGUGACUCCGUCAUUAUUACCGCCAGUCCCGAAGAUAUC